GAGCAUGGCAAGCGGUCGUCGCUCUCCUUCUCCGGAACCACCUGGCCCUCAACCGAUAAGAAGACUCCAUGAGUCCCUCAUCAACCGAAUUGCAGCAGGCGAAAUCAUACACAGACCCGCUUCUGCGUUAAAAGAGCUGCUGGAAAACUGCCUCGACGCCGGGUCUACUUCUAUUCAAGUCACCGUCAAGGAUGGCGGUAUGAAGUUGCUUCAGAUUCAGGAUAACGGCUGUGGCAUUCGUAAAGAAGACCUACCCUUGCUCGCUGAGCGCUUUACUACCUCCAAAUUGACCACCUUUUCCGACCUCUCCAAGCUGACUACUUACGGGUUCCGAGGAGAGGCUCUGGCAUCUAUAUCACAUGUCGCGCACCUGACAGUGAUCACGAAGACCAAGUCAAGCAACUGUGCUUGGAAGGCUGCUUACGUUGAUGGCGGUCUCGUCCCGUCGAAAGCGGGAUACACGCCAGAUCCGAAACCUUGCGCUGGAAACAACGGAACCACCAUCACGAUUGAAGACAUGUUUUAUAAUACACCCACUCGAUUGUCUGCUCUCCGAAGCUCCUCUGAAGAAUACGUUCGAAUACUCGAUGUAAUGACCAAGUAUGCUGUGCACAAUUCCAAGGUGUCAUUUAGCUGUAAAAAGGCUGGUUCCCUGAGUCCUGAACUCUCGACCCCGUCCUGUUCAGAUGCAUCUCAGGCCAUUCGUCAGCUAUACGGUCAUUCCAUAGCCAAAGAGCUUCUGCAUGUCACGGCGUCUUCUGCAUGGUCGGCAGACGCAUAUUUCACGAACGCAAACUACCAGGGCAAAAAGAUCGCUCUACUGUUAUUCAUAAAUCACCGUCUAGUGGAGUCGCAUCGUAUAAAACGGUCUAUUGAGAGCAUAUACAGCGGUAUACUUCCAAAAGGUUCUUCUCCUUUCGUGUAUCUGAGCAUCAACCUCGAUCCGAGGUCUGUGGAUGUCAACGUGCAUCCGACCAAGCGCGAAGUCCACUUUUUGAACGAAGAAGCCAUCAUCGAGCGAAUAUCGGAUGCCAUUCAGCAGAGGCUCGCGACUCAAAGUCAGUCGCGGGUUUUCGAGUAUCAGACGCUGCUCACUGGAGGGAUUGCGCAAUCAGCCUCACGGAAGGGCAAGGAAAAAGCGAGUAAUGCUGAUCGUCGGGUAUUAGGAAGUCAAGUAGCGAAGAAGGUGCUUUCUCAGCACAAAGUCCGGACCUCCCUACAGGACCGCACACUGGACUCAAUGAUUCCCGUCGCCGACCCAUUGAGAACCAAUUCCGACGAGCCCGUGACAGCCAUCCGGUUACGGGAUAUUAAACAAUCGACGUGUCAUUUUGCAUCCAUAACAGAACUCAGGCGUCUCGCUACCAAACGCAUACACCACGACCUGACUGAAAUCAUCAAGAAGCAUACCUUUAUCGGUGUGAUUGACCUGUCCAGGUGUCUUGCGUUGAUUCAACACAACAAGAACCUUUACAUGGUCAAUCAUGCUGCACUAGCGGAGGAAAUGUUCUAUCAGCUUGCGUUGUUGCAAUUCGGAGACUACAACCGACUCAAACUCGAUCCUCCUCCAUCUCUUCGAACGCUCAUCAAGUUUGCAGUCGAUGUGGAAGAAGACACAGCGCGCAGUGGCAUGAGCAACGACGAGAUCGUCGACCGAAUAGUCAAGACCUUGAUGGAUCGCCGAGAGAUGCUGCACGAGUAUUUUUCCUUGGAUAUUUCAGAGACCGGCGAUGUUAAGACACUUCCGCACCUUCUUCGCGAGUACACACCCAAUCUCGAUAAGCUACCCAUGUUCCUGAUGCGUCUUGGACCUCAGGUCCUCUGGGAAUCCGAGCAAGAGUGCUUUGGCUCUUUCAUGCGCGAACUAGCGUACUUCUACUCCCCAGCCCCGCUGUCCGUCGUCUCAGCGGCCGCCUCUGACGAAGAUGAACAAGAAAAGCAGAAAUCUGAAGCAUGGCGCAUUCAAAAUAUCCUAUUUCAUGCGAUGCGCAAGUAUCUGGCAGCUCCUAAGUUCCUACUGGACAAUGACAUCGUGCAGGUGGCGAGCUUACCAGAUCUUUAUCGGGUCUUCGAACGCUGUUAGACUUCAUAUCAUGCUGUAAUUUCUAUCCGCGAAUGACUCUAGAGCUGCCGCAAUGUAUGUAAACUACAGUGAUUCUAUAAUUCUACGAUGCAUCUACAACAA